AUGGAUUUAGAGGUGGAAGUUAGGAAUCUGAGAUUGGCAAUUGGUAAUAUUCAUUUGAAGCACAAAUCAUUGGUAAGGGAAAUGCAGAUUGCUCGAGAUACUGAUGCGAAAAAUAAAGCUGAUCUUGAGCGUUUGAGAGGGGAAUUGGAAAAUACGCUUGCAGAAUUGGAAGAGAGUAAUUGUAAAUUGGCAACUCUAAAAGCGGAGGGGGAUGUUGCAAAAGGGGCAUUUUUCCCUGUCCUAAAUCUGGUGGGGAGCAAGAAUGUUGCUAGUGAGAGGACAAUUGAUAAAGAAAAAGAUUUGCAAGAUAUGAAGUCUGCACUAAAGGAGUUGUUGGACCAAUCCUGUAGUCGACUAUUUGAACUCAAGAGUCUCCAUGAAGAAAGGAUAGAAAUAUUGAGGCAGUUGUGCAAGUUGCAGAAUACUUUGAAGAAUGUGAAGUGUAUAUCCUCUUCCCAAGCCUACGUCUUGGUAAGAGAUCAACUUGUGAAGGCAAAAGCAGAUGUAGUCCAGUAUCAAGCGCUAUUUGAGAAACUACAGUUCGAGAAAGAUAACCUUGCCUGGAGGGAAAAAGAAAUGAUCCUGAAAAAUGAUUUACUUGACGUCUUUCAUCGAUGUUCUGCAGUUGAUGAUUCUAGAAUAGCUGAGCUGGGAAUAGAGUUACAGAAACGAAUUAAUGAAAGAAAUCUGAUUGAAUCUAAGCUGGAAGAAGCAUCAAAAGAACGUGGCAGGAAAGAAAUUAUUGCAGAGUUCAAGGCUUUAGUUUCUUCAUUUCCUGAGGAAAUGAGCAGCAUGCAGAGUCAACUAAGUAACUACAAGGACGCUGCUGCAGACGUUCAUUCUCUGCGGGCUGAUGUUCGAUCUCUUUCCUGUGUUCUUGAUCGUAAGGCUAAAGACUUAGAAGCCUUAUCUGCUAGAUCAGCGGACCAAAUUACUGAAAUGCAGAAGUUGCAGGCUGUG